AUGGCUUCUCAACAACAAACUGUUCGUGAGUGGUCAGGAAUCAAUACAUUCGCUCCUGCUACACAGACCAAGUUGCUUGAACUAUUGGGAAAACUUAAACAAGAGGAUGUAAACUCCAUAACCAUACUUGUGAUGGGGAAAGGUGGCGUUGGGAAGUCUUCAACUGUGAACUCCAUCAUUGGGGAAAGGGUGGUUUCAAUUAGUCCCUUUCAGUCUGAAGGGCCAAGACCUGUUAUGGUGUCGCGAUCAAGGGCUGGUUUUACAUUGAACAUUAUCGAUACUCCUGGUCUUAUUGAAGGGGGAUACAUCAAUGAUAUGGCGCUUAAUAUAAUAAAAAGUUUCCUUCUGGACAAGACCAUAGAUGUUUUGCUUUACGUGGACCGCUUAGAUGCUUAUCGAGUAGACAACUUGGAUAAGUUAGUCGCCCAAGCUAUAACUGACAGUUUUGGAAAAGGAAUAUGGAACAAGGCUAUAGUAGCACUCACACAUGCCCAAUUCUCUCCACCUGAUGGAUUGCCUUAUGAUGAAUUCUUCUCAAAAAGAUCCGAGGCUCUCUUGCAAGUUGUAAGAUCAGGUGCUUCCUUAAAGAAUAAUGCUCAGGCUUCUGACAUUCCUGUUGUUUUGAUCGAGAAUAGCGGGAGAUGCAACAAAAAUGACAGUGAUGAAAAGGUUCUUCCAAAUGGGAUUGCUUGGAUUCCUCAUCUAGUCCAAACAAUCACAGAAGUUGCAUUGAACAAAAGUGAGUCUAUUUUUGUUGACAAGAAUUUGAUUGAUGGACCGAAUCCAAAUCAGAGAGGAAAAUUAUGGAUUCCUCUCAUAUUUGCUCUACAAUACUUCUUCCUCGUGAAGCCAAUAGAAGGAUUAAUCUUAAAUGACGUUAGUAAUGAAAAAAAACCAGCAUGGGAGACUCGCGAUGUAGCUCGUGAUGAGAAGUGA